UUUUCCAUUUUAAAGGUUAUAGCUGUUUAUAUAAAUAACUCUCGCGAUAACUUCGUUGUAAUGGCGCAGUGGUGACGAAAGCAUAGACAGUUAAAGUACAGAGGGUUGCCAUAGUUACAGAGGAUACUGUACUUACUUUCUUGCCGAUUUAUUUAUUUACUUACAGGUUUUCUUCCCUCAGUGCGUUUAAUAACCGUUCUGUAGCAACUUAUAUAAGCUAUUGGAGUUACUUUCAUUAAGUCUAACGUUGUCUAAGUAAGUAUCCGUUAGGAGUUACGUGGUUUGUGGGAGGGGCCAAUUUGGCGCAACUUCCACCGCGGGAAAAAGGAAUUCAAAAGGAAGACCGCCAAGAAACGAGCGCACAAGGAAGAGUUUUUAAUCUUGCAGAAGGCGGUUGUAGUUCUGUCUCCUGGUCACCAAAUAGUUUGUCUUUAGUCCGUGUAAAUUAUUUAUUGCACUAUCGGUUUUUAACUGUGAAACGUUUGCCAAUAUGCCCGCACUAGACGUCACAGAUGCAUCUGCAAUCUCUCCAUCAAAGAGAGCAAGGACAGAGACAAAGCCUGCAGAAGAUAGAGCAGUCCUUAAGUUUGCAAGACUUUCUGAGCAUGCCACUACACCUACCAGAGGCUCAACUAAAGCAGCGGGAUAUGAUCUCUACAGUGCAUAUGAUUACACCAUCGGUCCUAUGGAUAAGGCCAUUGUGAAGACAGACAUCCAGAUAGCAGUUCCCCAUGGCUGCUAUGGGAGAGUGGCACCAAGGUCUGGCCUGGCAGCAAAACACUUUAUUGAUGUUGGUGCUGGAGUUGUAGAUGAAGACUAUAGAGGAAAUGUGGGAGUUGUGCUCUUCAACUUCAGCAAGGACACAUUUGAUGUGAAAAAGGGUGACAGAGUUGCUCAGCUGGUGUGUGAGAGGAUCUGCUACCCAGAUCUGGUGGAGCAAAAGACACUUGACGAGACGGAGCGUGGUGACGGAGGUUUUGGAUCAACUGGACGCAACUGAAAGCUCCAAAUGUAAAUGUUUUAAAUAUAUGGAUUAGUUUUAAUAAAGUUCUCUUUUUUUUGUA